AUGGUCCAAACAUCUUACCUUUACAACUCACUUUUCUUUCAAAUCUCUCAACAGCAUGGAGCUGUCAACCAAACAACUAUCUCAAAAGUCAUUCUUCUGGGGAUUAGUGAAGAUCCAGAUUUGCAGCUUUUCAUCUUCAGCCUUUUACUGUCUAUAUAUCUGAUCAACAUCUUAGGAAACUUGCUCAUCAUCCUGGCUGUUACCUCUGACUCACAACUACACAAACCCAUGUACUUCUCCAACCUGUCCUUUAAUGAUAUCUGUUUAAUCACAACCACAAUCCCAAAGAUAUUGGUCAACAUCCAAGCUCAGGAUAAACCAUCACACACACACACACACACACACACACACACACACACACACACACACACACACACUGCUUCUCUUAGGUAUGUCUGUCUUAUCUUAUAUUUUGGUAGCAUAGAAAAUUGUCUUUUUGCAGUAAUGGCAUAUGACCACUUUGUUGCCAUCUGUCACCCUCUGAAGUACACAGUUAUCAUGAAGGCACACUUCUCUGUUAUGUCAGUUCUCUUCUCUCUGUUCUUUAGCAUUAUACAUGCUUUAUUCCACACUCUGAUGUUGUUGGGGCUGUCUUUCUGCACAGAAAUUGAAAUCCCCCACUUCUUCUGUGAGCUGGCUCAGAUCAUCAAACUUGCCUGUUGUGAAAAUUUCAUCAAUUAUCUGCUGGUAUAUACUGUGUCUGUUCUAUUUUUUGGUUUUCCAAUGGUCUUUGGAAUCAUUUUGUCUUAUAUUCACAUUGUCUCUUCUGUUUUAAGAAUGUCAUCCUUGGGAGGAAAGUAUAAAGCCUUUUCAACCUGUGGGUCUCAUUUGUCAUUUGCUUCUCUGUUUUAUGGAACAGGUUUUGGAGUACACAUUAACUCUGCAUUUACUGACUCUCUAAGAAAGACUGUAGUGGCUUCAGUGAUGUACACUGUGGUCAUUCAGAUGCUGAACUCCUUUAUCUACAGCUUGAGGAACAGAGACAUGAAGAAAGCCUUUAGGAAAGUAAUAAGUAGGAUAACAUUUUUUUAUAAUAUAACAUCAUUAUAUCAAAGUCUUAGAGUAAACAAAACUUACCACUCUGUGAAUCAAGAUAAUUCAUCUCAGUCAUUGAAACAUUAUAUAACAGGUAACAGACAUAAUAAAUAUGUACAUUUUAACAAUUUGAAACCAGACAUCCCUCUAUGUCUAACUCAGUGA